AUGCAGUACGAGUAUCUGAAGAAGAACGUGGUUAUUUUGAAGUUAAUGUCGAUGUACAAAACUGAUGCCCGAUGGAAUUGGUUGCAAACUCUCUUGUACUAUUGUUGGCGUACGAUCUGGUACUAUUCGCUGCUGAGCACGGUUUUCUACCUGAUCUUGGAGAUCGCGCUGAACGAGAGCAAACAGGAUAUGACGUACAUAAGCAUCAGCUUUAUGCACUUAGGUCUUUUUGCGAGCAUCUCGAUCAGAACGAUGCAUUUCAUCUUGAACUUGGACACCGCCGAGAAGCUGAUCCAAAAGAUUCGAGAAGAGUUUCAGCCCGGCACCAAACUGGCCAAUCGACCCGUAACCAUGGAGGCCACGUACAGAUGGUGCGAGAGGUUCUUCACGGUGUGGACGGCCUUCGUGAUCUUCGCCGGGCUUAUGAUGGCCGUAGCCGUCGUUCUGAAUCCUGAAAGGGAGAUGGUGCUACCCGUGUGGACGUUCUACGAUUGGAAGACGACUCCAGCGUACCAGAUAACAAUUUUCCUGCAGACCAUGUCGCAGCUGAACAUGGUCAUCUCGUUCUCCAAUCUGGAUCUGCUGAGCAUGUGCUUCAUGGUUCUCUCGGCCGAGCAGUUUCGCAUCCUGGCCGCAGACUUUGCGAGCACCGUCGAAGACGCUUUUCGCGCUUGCGGCUGCUCACAGAAGCAGCUCGAAGAUUUAGAUAUGAACGUCGAUGCAAUCGUUCGCUCUAGCAAAUUCCAACGUCGUCUCCGGCAGAACUUCAACGGUUGCAUCGAACAACAUCAGAAGCUGUUGAAUCUCUUCACCGCUUACCAGAGAUUCGUCUCGCCCAACCUCGUCAUCGAAGUGUACUUCAAUUACAUCUACAUGAUCUUCACGCUCUACGUCUUCGUCGCCACAUCCGACACCAGUUUGUACUUGGGACUAAGCCAGUACUGUCUGGGCAGCGUUCUGCAAAUCUAUUUGCUUUGCUAUUUCGGGCAGCAGCUCUCCACCAGCGUCGAAGAGAUGAGACUCGCCCUGUACACCGUCCCUUGGUACGUCGUGAACAACAAGAGUUUCCUGCAGAACUACCACAUAGUCUUGAUGCGCAUGAAAAGACCGGUGAGGAUCGUCGCCGGAAAGAUCCUACCAUUGGCAAACGACACUUUCCUCGAGUUCAUGAAGAAAGCCUUCUCGUCCUUCACCGUCCUCAGGCAGAUGCAAUUGAAAUAA